AUGGCCGCAACGAAAUGCCCCAAGUCCACGCUCUACAACCCAGUUCAGAUUACGAAUACGACCAUGUCGGCCUCUAAUACGACAGCUUCUGAGCGAGAGCGUCAAUACAGACCAACCUACAACUCUCUUCCAAAGUCAAGAUCGUCGGUGAACUUUGGAGCUCCUUUUCUUCCACCCAUACAAACAACCAUUCCAAAGUCGGAAUCGUCGGUGAACUUUGGAGCUCCAUUUCUUCCACCCAUACAAACAGUCAUUCCAAAGUCGGAGUCGUCGGUGAAUUUUGGAGCCCCCUUUCCUCCAUCGACGAAAACAGCUGUUCGACGGAAGCGCAACAGAAGCUUGGUACCUUUUGAGAGAAACGAAAUCGAUCUCCAUGGUACACCUACUGUGGCCACCUCUAGCCUCACAGCAUCUGCUUCUCAAGUGUUCAUGCAUCCUAAUAGAGUCCUAACGCCAACCAAAAUCCCAAGCCCGACACGGGCUUCAAUGGCUGGGGGUCAAAGACAAUGUAUCAACCAUCCUACGGUGGAUAGUGGUCAUAGCGAUUUUGAUAGCCGUAGGAAGCAAACCUCAAAGGGAAAGGCUCCUGUCCGGAAUCAAUAUGCGGUCGAGGGUGAGAAACUCACACGGGCCUUGCCGCCGUCUCAGAAGAAGGAUAGAGAGAAGACCCCUAAAGUCAACCAUCAAACGAAGCCUAAAUAUCGAGCUCCAACUCCAGGACCAUCAGUACAGCAAGGACCACCACUCACCAGAGCGCGCACACUCCAGGUGCUUACAUCGAUAACAAGCUCAUUUUCACUCACCAAUCUUCACAAAGCCACGUCCAAUUUGUCACUCAGGGGCCACACAGGGAAUACAGCCAGAUCCAGCUCAGGCCCAGCGGCCUUUUUUUCUAGAGUCACCCGCCCAAGUACGCCGACCCAUCCGAGCCAUGAUCCAGCUAUUAACCUUCGAGAUGUCCGAACGGGUAUGCCCCAAGCUUACUGGGCUGGUCGGUACAGGACGCUCGACGACAAAUUUCACAGCGAGGAUUUUGACAUUGACUACCUCGAGUCACCAGCUAUUCUUGAGGCACUCAGAGAGAUAGAGAAACAGGGGGGAUCAUUCGAGGAUGACGACAUGUCUAACGCGGAUCAACUCCGAUACCGUCGAGUCUUUGCCGUGUUGGAAACCCACUGUAAGACACCCGAUGCUAAGAAGAGCCUCUGGAGCUUCCAGCAGGCAUAUGCGAGGAAUCUUAAAUCCGAGCAUCUCCUGCCGGUAGGAGGAUCGAUUCAAGAAAAGGAGAAUAUCUUCUCUCGGGCUGGGAAGUUCUUCAGCAGGAGCAGAUCUGUGAGUGUUCUGAGCGACAAGCGAUUUAUGAAGAACAAGAAGGCCGAAGCGAAGAUGUAUCGGAAGAAAGCAAUGGAGAGGUCGCUCCUUAAUCAGAAAAAACUGUCUAAUCAGUAUGACGAGGUUAUGGAGGCACUUAAGAAUGAAGAGUUGUGGGAAGCUGGAGGAGUUGUGUAAGAAUAGAUUUUGCCAUUGAGAAAUGAGGCGCCGCCGGUGAAGAGACAGGAUCAUGUACAGAUAGGCACGAAGGGCGGCAUAGUUGAUAGAGAUAAUAUGCCAAACAAUA